AUGGCCAUGGUCCCUCAGGGGCUCCCCGACCUGCUGAAGACGGUCCGCCAGGGGGACAAGCUGUACUGCCUGUACAGCCUGGAGGACCGGCUGUUCCACGAGAUGCUUCUGUGCGGCCACGUGGACGGCUCACGGUGGGUGGUGGCGACGCCUGAUGCCGACGUGUACGUUGAAGACUUCGCCGACGAGGAUCACGUGGAGAUCCACCGAGCUGGCCCGCGAGGAGGAGCCCCGCCGCAGCUGCGCAAGAAGAUGCUGUACCGCUUCGACCUGGACGAGCAGGCUCUGGCCGCCCUCCUGGACGAGGGGGCGCAGCUGGCGGAGUCCGAGCGCCGCGAGGCCGGCCGCGACUCAGUGGCGAUGGCGCCUGGGGUGGUCCGCCGGCUCCGUGGGAAGCAGCACGCACUCCCUGCGAUGGCGGACGGUGGCACGGACACGCCGCGUGGUUCCGAGGUCGGCCUGGCUGCUGGCGCAUCGGAGCCGCCGCGGCCACCGCCGAGCCACGCUCCCCCGCCCCGGGCGGGCGCCGGCGGAGGGCCCCUGCCGCCGGUGCAGCUGGACGACAGCUGGGUCGCCCUGGAGUCGCGGCUGGGUUUCAGGCGGGGCUCUCCAGUGGACGUGACGUUCGCCACCGUCUACGCUCUGGACGAUCGCGCCUUGGCCUCGUUCCCAGAGGGGGUCAUCACGCUUGGACGAGCGGGGGCCCUCUCCGACGAAGUGCCGCCCUCGCCGCGAGACGCCCAGGAGGACGUACUGGACGAGCGUAUCCUGCGGUACCGGAGGAGCGGCACUGGCCAGCGGCGUCGCGCCUUCGCGGAGGUCGUGGCUGAGCAGCGCGAGGUGCUCAGUACUCAGGGAAGCGGGCCCGUCCAGCGACACUAUUGGUGGCGACAGAUCCUGGGGUUGGCUGCGGCCGACCCCGGGGUCGACGAGCAUUUGUUCCUGUGCGAGCUGAUCCAGACGGCCUCCACGGCCGACCAGCUCAACCUCCCGGGCUGCGAGGCGUUCGAGCUGGCGGCCAGGCGCUUCCAGCUUUGGGAGGAGGUGUACUCUGAGGCACUGCGCCAGGUCGAGGUCGCGGGCACCGCGGGGGCCACUCCCGACUCGGACGGCUGGCUGGACGAGCGCAGGAUCUUCCUCGGGGGCACCCGCCCCAAGGGGCAUGCUCUCGCGUCGCCGUCCCUGGAGAAGCACGUGGCGGAGAGGAUGCAGGAGGAGAGCGCCAUCCUGAAGGAGCGGCGCAAGGGCAGAGAGGAGCGCCGCAUGGCACGCGGUGUGAGCAGCAGCGGCGCCGACGUCGCACCAGGAGUCUCGGACACUGGCGUGGCGCGCGACGUCCUGCCGCCCCCGCUGGGCGCGACGCUCGACGAGCUGCUGCAUGGGGUUGCCGCCGUGCGGCGCCUCGCGCAGCUCUACGGCAGGGUGGGGCCGCCGCCAUCCGACAUGACUCCCCUGGGGGCGUGGCAGACGCUCCAGGCUUCGCGGAACGGCUAUGCAGACGUCAUGGCCGAAGGUGCUUCGACAACCUACAGGAAGGGGGCCAUGGCGCUCCCGCGGGCUGCGGCAGGGCGAGUUCGGCUUGUUGACGUGCUGCCGCCGCACCUGCAGUCUCUCCUGUCUGAUUCGUCGCAGAUGUUACGAGAGCCUGAGGCUCGCAAUUUUGCUUUGGGUGAGGCCCCCAGGGUCUGUGCCAUGGACCCAGUGCUGCAGCGGCACGGCUACCAGUUCGGCGAGUGCCUCUCCGAGCUGCUCUCCGCGGGCAUCAUCGAGCGCGCGGCCGAGGGCAGCAUCAUCGAGCGUGCUGGCAUCUUUUUCGUCCCAAAGAAGGACUCGUCGUUACGGCUGAUCUUCGACACCCGGAGGUCCAAUGCCCAUUUCCAGGACCCGCCCUACACACUGCUCGCGAGCGGGGAGGCCCUGGCGAACUUGGAGGUUGACGCCGCUGAGGGGGUCGCUGUGGCCUCUGGCGACGUCGAGUGCUGCUUCUACCAGUACGAGCUGCCAGCGUGGGCACGUGCCUUCUUCGGUUUGCCAGCGGUCCAAGCACGUUUUUUGGAUCCAGCGGCCCGUCAGCAGCUCGGGGUUUCUGAUCUUUCGGAGAUGAUCCAUUUCGUUGCCAGAGUGGUCCCCAUGGGCUGGUCGUGGGCCGCGCACCUCAUUCAGGAGGCCCACGCGCACGUCCUGAGCACCAUCAGCUCGGAGGCGCCCUGGAUCGCUGACAAGGUGCCCACGCCGGCGCUCGGGGCUCAAUGUUCCACCGCCAAGAUGCUGUAUAUGGACAACGUCGCAGUCUUUACUUCAGGCAACGGCGACCCCACCCUGGAGGUGGAGCGCAUGUUGGCCGCGCUCAGUGCGCGGGGCAUUCAGGCCUCCUUCGACCGCGCUGAUGGGGACCUGCACACCCUGCUCGGCUUCGUGCUGCACAAGCCCUCAGCCACUUGGCGUCUUUCGCACAGCAAGUUUUGGCGGCUGAAGUUCAGCCUCGAUUUUGUGCUCACGCCUGGACGCCUCGUCACGGGGCGCGAGCUCGAGAGGCUGAUGGGCCAUAUCACCGCUGCCGUCAUGCUGCAGCGGCACAUGCUCUCGCUCUUCCAUGCGAUCUAUAAGUUCUGCAGGCGCUCGCGUGACAAGCGGCAGCCACUCUGGUCAUCGGUGAGGCGGGAGCUCUCCUGGUUCAGAGCGCUACUUCCUUGCGUGACAGUCUCGCUCAUUCGGCGAAUUGGCAGCCUCUCUGAGCGCAGCCGCUUUAGAGGGGUCCUGACUGCCGACUACGCCCCCAGGGACACGCUGGUCGAGCAGCAGCUCCUGCACGCCUCGGCUGCCGACGUCACCGCGGAGGGCACCUUGACGCACUUCGAGGAGGUGCCUGCAGCGCGACUCUUGGCCGACCCUUGGGCGUUCGCGGCCGCGCGCCGCUGGCGGCGGGCCGCGGCCUUCCAUGUCCUGGAGGCUGAGGGAGCGCGCUGGGCUGUGCGGCGCCUUGCUCGCAAUUCGCAGCUGCACGGACAUCGGCACCUCAUCCUGGGUGACAAUCUCGGGGUGGCAUGCGCAUGUGAAAAGGGCAGAGCGGCACACUUUGCUCUCAAUGUCGUCUGUCGGGAGAUCUGCGCCAUCUCAAUCGCCUCCGGGAUGCAGCUCAGGUUCAGGUGGAUCCCAUCAGAGCUCAACCCUGGAGACGCUCCCUCUCGCAGGUUCAUGCCAGGGAGCACAACCAUGCCAGUGACGGCCUACUGGGUCAACCCCGUCUACGGCAAGCGCGCCCGCGAUGCAGCGGAGCCCAGGCCGGCGCCGACCACCCGGCGCGCCUCCGGCUCGCGCGGCGGGCACGGGCUACCAGGCCCUUCGGGCUCCCGCCGGGGCUGGACAUCCCCAGCGCCGCUGAGCGACAGGCCCGCAGAGGUCUGUGCGCGACGGGCACGGCUGUGUCCGCGGCUCUCGCGACUGGCAGCUCGUCGGGUGCGACACGCCACCGAGCUCUCGUACCUGCGGGCGCUGACCAUGCUCUUGGGCAGGCUACGGCUGCUGGCGCUGCCGAGCUGGACCUCCGCGCAGUGGGACGAGACGCUGGUGGACUACUCCGAGUGGGCCUUCGACCGCGGCAUGGGCCGGGAGGCGUUCUCGCGCACCCUCUGUGCCGUGGCUUGGGGAGAGCCCGCGCUGGGAGGUCCCGUGCGGCGCCUCUUUCCCGCGGCGCACGCGUCGCUGUCAGGCUGGACGCGCCUCCAGCCGGGACAUUCCCGCCCGCCAUUGCCGCGGGCGCUCGCCCUCGCGAUGGCUGCCGUGCUGGUCUCGAUGGGCAAGCCGGCCGCGACCUUGCUGGCCAAGCAGCUGCUACCAGGCAGGUGCAACGAGGUCGGGGUGCUUCAGCACCCGCUCCUGAUCCUGCAUCCAGAGGAGCUCGCUACCAGCUCCAAGACGGGCGAGUUCGACUCCACAAUUGCGUUCGACCUGCCUCGACAUCACUGGAUUGGGCGUGCUGCCGUGCGGCUGCAACGGCUUCGACGCGAGGACGAACUCCUGUUUCAGAUCUCGCACCCUCAGCUCCUGUCCGACUUCCACGCUGCCUGUCAGUACCUCAAGCUCGAAGGUUUGGGCUUCUCGCCGCACUGCCUGAGGCACGGCGGCGCGACUCACGACCGCGCCGCAGGUUGCCGUUCACUGCUGGAGGUUCAGGGGCGAGGAAUGUGGAGGGCGGCGUCAUCUGUUCGGAGGUACGACAAGGCCGGGCGACUGGCGCUGGUCAUGCGGAACCUCAGCCACGCCCAGAGGAGAGGCUGCGAGGUCUGGGCGGCAGCCGCCCCGCGGCUCUUCGACAACGCCUACGUGCUGCCCUCCGCGCCG